GCCUGCGGUGGCGGACGCGGUGGGGUCGCGGGGACUCGUCCGGGGUCCGGGACAGGCCUGGGCUCGCGCCUCCGGCGGGCAGCGCAAGGGCCUGCGAGAAGGGGUUCUGCCGCUGGACCGAGCCCGGGGAGAGUGCCCGCCGGUUCUGAGCUCGUUCACCGGUAAUACCCCCGGAGCGUCCGCCGUAUGCGGGCCCUUUGGGGACGCCGCCGUGAGCAGGAGCUGAUGCUCCGCGCAGGAGUUAGGGAAGGGCCCGGCCGACGCUCCAGCGGGGACUGGUGCCACCGGCUUCCCGGAGGCGGCAGCGCUCCCCACCGGCACCGCAGCGGGACCCCAGUCUGGGAAGGCCGCAGAGAGUUCGGGAAGGACCAUGGGGACGAGGGCUCCCAAACAGCGGCAGAUGCCACGAGGCACCCCGAGUCCUCCCCGCCCGGCAAGGACGCUUCGGAAGCCCCAUACCCCUCCCCGCCGGAGCUGCAGCCCCCCACGAACUGCUGCAUGAGCGGCUGCCCCAACUGCGUGUGGGUGGACUACGCGGACGCGCUGCUGCGGCACUACCAGGACGGCGGGCAGCGGGCCCUGGCCGCCCUGCAGGAGCACGUGGCCGACGAGAACCUCAGGGCCUUCCUCAGGAUGGAGAUCCAGCUCCGCAUGAGGAGCAGGGACUGAGCCGGCCCGGAGCUGCUGCCCAGGCAGUGCCGUGGCCUCCUGCACCCGCAGCCCCGGUGGGGCUGGUGUCGGGGGGGAUCGGGAGAAUUAUUUAUUGACUGCACCCGAAAAUAAAUCAGUUCUCUGUGCUGCUGUC